GUUGCUGGUUCUCUUCUGCUCACUAUGAAGAAAUCUUUCUGCUCGAUUCUCGCCGUGUUGGUGUUGUUCCAACUCUGCGGCGGAAUUCAUACACGAGUCAUUUCUGAUAUACCUUCACCGGACAAUAACGAGGGUAGCGGUUUCGGAGGUGAUGGAAUUGAAGAGAUCCAAAAUGGAUUCGACUCGAUCAAUUCUGGGCCGGAAAUUGUUCCGAUAGAGGUCAAUGGAGGAGACCAACAAUAUUUGGAAGGGUUGCCCCCUGCCCCAAUCCAAGGAAAUAUGGGUGGUAUUCAAGAGUUCAACAAUGGAUUCGACUUAAUGAAUUUUGAGCCUGAAAAUGUUCCGAUAGACGUCAACGGAGGAGAUCAACAAUAUUCUGAGGGAUUGCCACCUGCUUCAUUCCAAGAAAACAUGGGUGAUAUUCCAGAGUUCAACAAUGGGUUUGACUCAAUGAAUUUUGAGCCUGAAAAUGUUCCGAUAGACGUCAACGGAGGAGAUCAACAAUAUUCUGAAGGAUUGCCACCUGCUUCAUUCCAAGAAAACAUGGGUGAUAUUCCAGAGUUCAACAAUGGGUUUGACUCAAUGAAUUUUGAGCCUGAAAAUGUUCCGAUAGACGUCAACGGAGGAGAUCAACAAUAUUUUGAAGGAUUGCCACCUGCUCCAUUCCAAGGAAACAUAGAUUACAUCGUGAGUCAAGGCGAUAAUGAAAACGGGCAAGCAGCCUUUCGAAUUCAGGGUGAAGACGCUGAUGCGGGCAUUCCAGUAGGCAAUGACGAACAGCCAAUUGAUAAUGAUGCCAACGUUGACGUUCAAGAUGAUUCACCGGUCAUUGGAUUUGUAGGACAAAAUACCAUCUUUGACGAACAAGCGCCGCUGAACAAUGCAGGUUUCUCGGAUAACAUGGGUGACGGCUCUGGAGAACAAGCAUCAGCAACCAAUGCAGGUUCCGGUAGUCAAUUUGGUGACAACUCUGGUGAACAAGCACCAGCAAACAAUGCAGGUUCCGGUAGUCAAUCUGGUGACAACUCUGGUGAACAAGCACUAGCAAACAAUGCAGGUUCCGGUAGUCAAUCUGGUGAUAACUCUGGUGAACAAGCAUCAGCAAACAAUGCAGGUUCCGGCAGUCAAUCAGGCAGUAGCUCUGGAGAACAAGCAUCAUCAGACAAUGCAGAUUCCGGUAGUCAAUUUGGCGAAGCAUCUGUUGAAUGGAGAAUUAAUUCGACUGCGGCAAUUAACGAAGCCGCGACAAACACUGACGUUGCGACGACGACUGAAGCACAGACAACCACGGUAGCUGCAACAACUGCUGAAGCUGCAUCAACGGCCGAAGCUCAGACAACGACCGAAGCUGGAACAAGUGACGAAGCUGCGUCAACGACCGAAGCUGAAACGACUGAUGAAGCUGCAUCAGCGACCGACGCUGGAACAAGUGACGAAGCUGCUUCAACGACCGACGCUGGAACAACUGACGAAGCUGCAUUAACGACCGAAGCUGGAACGGGUGACGAAGCUGCGUCAACGACCGACGCUGGAACAACUGACGAAGCUGCUUCAACGACCGAAGCUGGAACGGGUGACGAGGCUGCGUCAACGACCGAAGCUGGAACAAGUGACGAAGGUGCGUCGACAACCGAAGCUGGAACAAGUGACGAAGCUGGAACAACUGACGAAGCUGCUUCAACGACCGAAGCUGGAACGGGUGACGAAGCUGCUUCAACGACCGAAGCUGGAACAAGUGACGAAGCUGCUUCAACGACCGAAGCUGGAACAAGUGACGAAGGUGCGUCGACAACCGAAGCUGGAACAAGUGACGAAGCUGCGUCAACGACCGAAGCUGGAACAAGUGACGAAGCUGCAUCAACGACCGAAGCUGGAACGAGUGACGAAGCUGCGUCAACGACCGAAGCUGGAACGAGUGACGAAGGUGCGUCGACAACCGAAGCUGGAACAAGUGACGAAGCUGGAACAACUGACGAAGCUGCUUCAACGACCGAAGCUGGAACGAGUGACGAAGGUGCGUCGACAACCGAAGCUGGAACAAGUGACGAAGCUGGAACAACUGACGAAGCUGCUUCAACGACCGAAGCUGGAACGGGUGACGAAGCUGCGUCAACGACCGAAGCUGGAACAAGUGACGAAACUGGAACAACUGACGAAGCUGCUUCAACGACCGAAGCUGGAACAAGUGACGAAGCUGGAACAACUGACGAAGCUGCUUCAACGACCGAAGCUGGAACGAGUGACGAAGGUGCGUCGACAACCGAAGCUGGAACAAGUGACGAAGCUGGAACAACUGACGAAGCUGCUUCAACGACCGAAGCUGGAACGGGUGACGAAGCUGCGUCAACGACCGAAGCUGGAACAAGUGACGAAACUGGAACAAGUGACGAAGCUGCUUCAACGACCGAAGCUGGAACAAGUGACGAAGCUGCUUCAACGACCGAAGCUGGAACGGGUGACGAAGCUGCGUCAACGACCGAAGCUGGAACAACUGACGAAGCUGCGUCAACGACCGAAGCUGGAACAAGUGACGAAGCUGCGUCAACGACCGAAGCUGGAACAAGUGACGAAGCUGCGUCAACGACCGAAGCUGGAACAAGUGACGAAGCUGGAACAACUGACGAAGCUGCGUCAACGACCGAAGCUGGAACAAGUGACGAAGCUGGAACAACUGACGAAGCUGGAACAACUGACGAAGCUGCGUCAACGACCGAAGCUGGAACAAGUGACGAAGCUGCUUCAACGACCGGAGCUGGAACAACUGAUGUAGCUGCGUCAACAACCGAAGAUCAGACAACAACCGAAGCUCAGACAACCACCGAAGCUGCAACAACCACAGCACAGACAACGACUGAAGUUCAAACAACAACCGAAGCUCAGACAACUACUUCUGCUCCUACCACAACGGAAACUCCUACCACAGUCGUCACUACUCUUUCUGAUGAAUCUUCCGACACGUCGUCCUCCUAUGAUUCCGGUUGGUCGCUAUGGGAUGCUGUUGUAUCAAGUGUCAAGACCGCUGCAUCGGCAACUAAAAAUACGUUAUUCGGGUGGUUAUAAGUUUGGAUCUUCAAGUGUGACUUACACAUUUUUUAGCCAUAAAUUGUAAUAUCUAUUUGUAAUAAGACACUGUUUUAUUUGUCUGGAUUGACAGAGGAUUGUACAUGCCACGUCGGAUUCAAACUUAUGUAGUGCAGUCAAAGAACUUUUCAACCUAACACAUGAGAUCAAAAUUCUGUCAAGUUGGUAAUAUACAAAAUCAUGUAGGACGAAACAAACACGAAAAGAAAAUGUUUUCGUACGUUAGACGAUGAAUCUGGGUAAUAUGUCAGAGUUAUUGAGACAUUUUAUUCUCAUUGAAGGAGACUCUGUACUACUUUGCAAUUAUUUCAGCAUCAGAUGUAAUUUUGAUAAAACGAUACAUAUAAUUUUUAGAGAAAUAUGUAUGGUUUGAUUCAUUACGCAUGUAAGGACGACAAAAUUUGCGUGAAUUACAGCAAUACUUUAGAUGCGUUCAUGUAGUUCAGGUUUAAUAAACUUGUGUCGUUUGUGAAAAA